AUGCUUGGGCAAAGCAUCACCGUAGCCCUCCUCGGGCUCGGAGCCUCAACAUGGGCUGCCCCGGCACCAUCCAGGACGAUUCAAGAGAGAGGAGGUGUUGCUCCAGAUCCAGCACCAUCUGCAAGCUGUAUUCCUGAUAUCCUGAAGUAUUUCGACAUCUGCAUCCUUCCUGGAACGAUUACCGGAGGCUUCAAGCCACCGAAGCGUCAGACAUUCGUCCUCCCGCCAGACAAUAACCAGAAUCUCAAAGAUAUCAUCAAAGACCUCGAGACGCAGUAUAUCACCUUGAAAAAUAAAAACCACAGGACAGCCGCGGAGGAGGCGAAGCUGAAGCAACUGAAGUCUGCUCUUGCGCAGCUCGGUAUUACUAACAUUGACGCUGAUCCGGGUGUUAUCACGACAAUCACACCAGGCAAGCGUCAGAUAUUCGAGCUUCCUGAUGACAGCCCGAGCGGCUGGUGCGCUGAUGUCACCGGCGCAGAGCUUGCCCUUGAGGAUUUGAUUCAUGCGACAUCGAGCAGGGCCCCAACUGUUCACGAGUACUUUGUCAUGAACAAUUUGAAAAGCUAUCUCUCCGCAUGCGGUAUCAAGAUUGUGUCCUCUCCUGAUGGUACGACCACGAUAAUUCGUCCUGGAAAGCGUGAUAUUGCUCUACCCACCAACCGCGAUCCCGGAUUCGACCUUGAGGGCCUCGAACUGGCGUAUAAGGCGCUGACCCAGAGUCUCAACGGGAAGCAGGCAACUGGCAUGACUUGGUUCGUUCUCCAGAACAUGGCCACUGCCCUGGAUUUCUGGGGCAUCUCCAUUGACAAGUCGCCGCUGGGAACAAGUACUACCCUUGUGCCAGGCAAGCGCCAGGGCGAUGGGAUCUUCACUAUUGGCACGCCGUCUUGUGAACUCACCGACAUUGUAGGCCUGAAGGCUGCGCUUGCAGCUCUUCAGACGAUGUACGGCUCACCAGCCAAAUCUCCCCAGAACAUCUUUCUCAUCGAGCAGCUCAUCGUCUCUGCGCUACAAUACUGCGGCCAGACCGUCCCCGGCUGGACAACACUCACUCCAGGCAAUCCCAUCCCUGGCGGCCCCUUGGUGCCGGACCCGACGGUGCCUGGUGGCCCCAUUACUCCGGACCCAACUGUCCCUGGAGGUCCCAUUACCCCUGAUCCGACUGUUCCUGGCGGUCCUCUCCAGCCUUCGACCCGCCAGCUUCCCGUCAGCGAUCCUGCGGGCCUGCUUGCGGCUAUCAACGACUUGGAGAGCAAGUAUGGGAAGUACGGCUCGGGAACAAUUCCGGUCCCUGUAUUCCUCAUCAUGCAGAAUAUCGUGACGAUUCUGCAGGGGAUGGGCGUGACCGUUCCAGGAUGGCCGAUUCUUGGUGCUGGGUCAGUGGUCAUCGGGCCAUCCUCGUGA